GUAAAUAUGGCCGCGUGAACUGAUAAAGGUCCAGUCUGGUGGGAGUUGCUUGAAAAGUUUUUACUGUCAAAUAUCUGUUUCUAAUUUCCUUAUAGAAAUUGUAUCCAAAACGCAUUCACCAUUCCUCCGAGAAAUACUAAGACUAACCAGUGGAUUUCCCUAAAGGGUACACUGUCGUUAGAGCCUUGCUGGUUGAUCUUGCUGAACGUUGACCCACCCUGGGCCUUCGCUCUCUAACAACGGCACUGCUGAUCUAAUUUAGGCACUACCCACAAUUAAAAUCAAACACGGGAAGCUGCCUCUUUGCUCGAAGGCCCGAAAAACAAUUUUGUCAGCUUUAAAAAACAAGAGCUGUAAUAACAAGGAUAAUAAAAUAUGAAAAUCGAUCAAGAAUAUAUUAGAGUUGUGGGCAACAACAUCAGCCCUAAGGACAUCAUUAGAGCAAUAACAGAUACUGGAAAACAAGAUGAAGCAUUUUAUGUGAUGAAUGUUGGGGAAGUUAUAAGGAAACAUGAAUUAUGGCUCAAAACAUUUCCAAAAAUCAAACCUUUCUAUGCUGUCAAAUGUAAUGAUAGUAAAGUUGUUCUCCGUUUAUUGGCUGCUCUUGGAACUGGAUUCGAUUGUGCCUCAAAGGGUGAAAUAUCAAGGGUAAUGUCUCUUGGUGUUCCAGCUGAGAGAAUAAUAUAUGCAAAUCCAGCUAAGCCAUCUUCACACAUAAAAUAUGCUGCCAAGGUGGGAGUAAACCUUUUGACGUUUGAUAAUCAGUCAGAACUUUUCAAGAUUAAGGAAUUGCACCCAAAAGCUAAGUUGGUGCUGAGAAUCCGAUGCGAUGCCAAAGAUUCACAGUGUCCUCUUGGUAUGAAAUUUGGAGCUGAUAAGUCAUCCAUCAAAGCUUUGAUUCAACUGGCAUUGGAAUUAGGUUUAGAGUUAGCUGGUGUGAGUUUCCAUGUUGGUUCAGGUUGCAGAGACUUAGCUGCAUUUUCUGAAGGCGUCUUAGCUGCUUGUGAUGCACUAACAGAAAUGGUUUAUUGUGGUGCAGACCCAUAUAUUCUGGACAUAGGUGGUGGUUUCCUAGAAUCAACUAUACACAAAGUGUCACUAAGUGUUAAUGAAGCCCUUGAAUCAGUUCCACAUGGUAUAUCUAUCAUAGCAGAGCCAGGUCGCUACUAUGUCGACUCAGCAUACACCCUUGCUACAGCUAUUCAUGGAAUACGUGGAAAGGAAUACUAUAUCAAUGAUGGUGUUUAUGGCAGCUUCAAUUGCGUUUUAUAUGAUCAUGCAAAUCCGCUCCCUAUACCCCUCAAGGAAACACACAAUGAUGACCUGAAGAACUUCAAGAUUUGGGGUCCCACCUGCGAUUCUCUUGAUAUGGUAAAUGAUAAUGUUCUCCUUCCGGAACUAGAGAUUGGAGAUUGGCUGGUUUGGGAAUGCAUGGGUGCAUAUACAUUGCCAGUUUGCAGCACAUUUAAUGGUUUUCCUGUUCCAAAUGUAUUUUAUAUUGCAACUGAAGAUGUUUGGAAGGUGGUUCAAGAUAUCAUAACCCUGGCAAAUCCUGAAGACCAAUUUGAUCCUGUCAACUUCAAUGUUACUUUACUUCAAACUGUAUCUUCUUAAUAUCAACCCUUACAUUCCACCAUAUCGGUCAAGACUUCAUUUUUAAUAAUUGUUUUUUAAUGCAUUUUUUUUAAAUUUGUACAAUUUAAAGUCAAUGAAGAAAUUUAUUUUCUUAUUUGAAUGUAACAAGGAAGAGAUGAUUAUUUAAAAUUUUAACAAAAAUGAUGAAAACGAAUUUUGACAAACUAGGCUUUGGCUUAGAUAACUUCUGGUUCUUACAUAUAUUUUUUUUUUUUGUCAUUAUUAUAAUCAUCUUUUAUUCUUUUCCUUUUUCAAUAUUCUUAUUGUCUUGGCAUUUAUUAUUAAUCUCUUGUUUUUUGGGAUAUUCAUUUGACUUUAUUUUAUCUUUGAUCCUUUAUUUGGGAUCAUAAUGGAGGUAAAUUUGAAGAUUUCUGUGAAUUUUGGGCAAAGAGGCAGCUGUUUUAAAUCAAAAAAACUUACAAUGUUAAUUAGCAUUAGUAAAAAAUAUGAAAAAAAAGUUUUAUUUUUUAAAAUCCUAUUAUAUCUAUCCACUUCUAAAUCCUUUUCAAUAUUGUAGUAUGUAGUAUAGUUUUCCUUAAACCUUUGACAGCAGGACUGGAUACCUCUUCUAGUCUAUCAUGGAAGUGUUAGCAGUCUGCUAUUACUUCCUAUCGAACUAUCUCUUUUAUUCAUUAGAUAAAUAAUAUGUUUUGUUCAUUUUAUCUGUAUCUACUAAAUUUUUUAUGAGUUAGGAAAUGCUUUCGUCCAUUCUUUAUCCUAUAGGCAUCUCUCUUGGAGUAGCAAGCUUCUGUUUGAGCUUCUUUUAUACCUUCUAUUAAUAUAUUUUACUUACAACUUGGUCAAUUUUCUAUGCAUUGGUAGUUACUAAUAAUAGUUAUAUGUAGAAAAACAUUUUCAAUUGAUUGAGAAAUAAUUAUUAGGAACUAUAAUGUAUUUUUUUUUUUUAAUGAAGCUUGCUCAUCCAUUUCCACCUUAGUUAUGUAAAAACUAAUGUUCUAUUAUUUUGCUGGUUAUUUCAAUAAUAUCUUCUUUUUUUUUUAUAAAGUAACAUAUAUUAAGAAAUUCUCACAAAUUGUAGAGAGGUCAGGGAAAACAAAUUUUUAAAAAGGACACAACAGGUUAGAAGUUGAUGUUGGAAGAGUUGCAGUUGUGGCAGUCUUCACAUGAAUUGUUUGUGAUUUUUGACCUGUUAAUGAAAAGUUAAUCUUCAUUCUGGAACAUUUGAACAUGUAAGAAUAACAAAAAAUGCACAAUGCAAACAGCAUUUGUCUGGCUGUAUUAAUCAGAACAAUUAAAACAAACUAUAAUACGAGUUUGAACAUUGUGAAUGGAUAAAUAUAUGCAUAUGUAUACAUAUUUCCCAAAUUUAUAUAAAUAUUUUUUCUUUGCAUGCAUGUAAAUGACUUGUAUUUAAGGAGAUUUAGAAAU